AUUCCAGUAAAUUUUAAUAUGGAUACAUACAUUCACAAAGUACCACUUGGUGUUUGUGUUAGUCUUUUUUCCAUGGUGUUAAUGUGCACUAUGAUUCCGCUUUGGAGCAUACCAAUGGCAGCUGUAACCGGAAACACAUUAAUUUUGAAGUCCUCAGAAGAGGAUCCUGGUGCAGCCAUGAUCAUUGCUGAACUUUGUCAACAAGCAGGU